AUGGUGGAUGAAGAACAGAACCUUGCUUCUGGCGAAGGGCCAGCAGAGCUUCUUCCGUUGUUUUGCUACAGUCCGGAGCCGUUUUUUCCGUAUUUCUGGGAGGUCGAUAGCAUAUACGCUGGAGUCGCCUAUCUGAUGCGCGAAGUGAAUGGUGAUGAUUACCGCCGAGGGUUCAGUGCAACAAUGCCUCCGGGCGUGGGAACUUUCAGGGUCUGGAUUUGUGUAUUGAGUGAAGGCAUGAGCGCAAGACAUUUGCUCAGUUUUAGAGCCAUAUGGUUUUUAGCUUUGAUUGGUGCAAGAUAUAUUAUGUGCCAUUUUAUGGUAUCAUUUUUUUUGUCAAAAUUGCAAGUAGCGAAGAAAUUGCGCAAUAUUUUUUUGCAGUCCAGUCCCAGCUUUGAUUCUAGAGGGGGCUUCUCGCGGUCACGGAACGCUAGGCUAGAUAGGAACGAUAGGGAGACAUUUUCUUCAAGUAGCAACGGUGGUUUUCGCUCGAAUAUGCGUGAGGCACGUCGGGAUGACGGCGAUACUUAUGGGCAUUCUCGUGGUGGGCACGGGCAGUUUUAUGAUAGUUUUAGUCGUGGAGAUACGGCAAAUUAUAGCAGGAAAGAAAGGAGUGACUUUUCGGAAAGAGGUCACAAAUCGUUUUCUUCUUCUGAGGAUUUGGCUGAUACUGGUUCGAGACGUGGAAGCCGAGGACAGACAUUUGGUGGAAGGCAUUUUCGGGAAACAGAACGAAAUGGAAGGUCAAGAGUUACAUGCACAUCUGGUUGGACAGAUGAUUCGAAUAAUGAGGAAUACCGUUUUCAAAAAUUUCAAGAGCGUAGAAGUGGAUUUGGUGAUGAUGACGACGACGGUACUGCACGCAGUGUCGGAGUUGGUGGUGGCUACGGCAGAGGGAUGACGGCGAACAACUUUGAUGGAUUUGGUGAACCUCGUUUGAACAGUAGAAGUAGGUUUAACAGCGACCAGUCAGACGGCUGGGGUUCGCCGGAGGCUAGUAGAAGCGGACGCUUUGGUAGCUACGGAGGAGCAGGGCGGUCUAACGAUGCGAGGUCCACAGACUCUCAACGACCCAGGGCAGUAGCAGUUACAGUAAACGCGGAGGGAGAUCCGGGUUUGGAGGCGGUCGUGAAAAUGAUGAAAAUUGUGAGUUUAGGUUUUCUGGCAGAGGAAGAGAGGCAGAUUCAGGGCAUUUUGGGUCACGAAGGUUCUCAGGUUGAAAACAUUUCUUCAUAUCCUCUCGGUAAGUUAGUCUUUGAUAUGAAAAAUGAGACAGGGUCUGCCGAACUUCUUAUUAGCAAACUCGGUGCAGAAGACGAAAGGUUUCGCAAUUUUAAUCGUCAGGACAAUGAUUUCAUGAAAGGCAAUGUUCGUGAAGUGUCACGCUAUGUACCUGAAGACAGGGCCUUGGAGGAACUUUAUAAAGAAGAUGCUGAAAACUCGGCAAACAUGGAGCGGCUGGAUGAUUUGGACCAAGAAGUUCACGUUGAGGGCCACAAUGUGAAUGUGAAGGUUGCUCAUUUAGAAAAGUGGGAGAAUGCUGGUAUUGAAGACUUACUUUUAAAAAACCUACAGAGGUGCAGGUAUUUUCAACCGCGAAGAAUUCAAGCUACAGUUAUUCCGCUAAUAAUGAAUGGAUAUGAUGUUAUUGGACAAGCGGAAACCGGGAGUGGUAAAACGGCAGCGUUUAUUUUACCGAUCAUCGAUAACAUUACGAAAACAGGUUCUAGCAGUGCAUGUUCUCCCAUAGCGCUUACAGUUGCUCCCACGCGAGAACUUGUUUUGCAGUUGUAUGAUCAAGCUAGAAAGCUGGCGUCAGGUUCUGGAGUUACGGUUGCAAAAGCCUACGGGAAAUAUAAUGUUAUGUCGAAUCUGGCAGAACUUCAGCGAGGUUGUGAUUUGUUAUUUGCUACUCCAGGCCGCUUAUUGGAUUUUGUAAACAGAGGGAGGAUUCACCUGGAUCAUAUAAGAUAUUUCGUGAUAGAUGAGGCAGAUCAGAUGCUUAGAGAUACAAAUGACUUUCAGGAUAAGAUGAUGGGUCUAACAGAAUCCAGCGGUUUCCCAAAGAAAGGUAAACGCCAAACUCUGAUGUUUAGUGCAACAUUUGACGAGGAAGUCCAAACUCUUGCACAGAGGUUGUUAAAUAAUUCUUACGUGUUUGUAUCAAAUGGACACAGGAAUGCAGCGAACGCAAACGUGGAGCAGCAGUUUAUAAAGGUUUCUGCUGCUGGUAAUGCCGAGAAGCUGGAUAAGUUGAAAGCUCUUCUCGAGAAGGAAAAUAAUUCAGAGGAAGGAGUUCGGAGGACCUUAGUGUUUGUUACGAGAAAAAAUACUACAGAUGUAGUAUCUAUAUAUCUCUCACACGGCGGGAUUCCUGCAGUUAGUAUUCACGGAGGACGAGAGCAGGCGCAGCGAGAAGAGGCGAUUAACAGGUUUCGGAAAGGUGAAACGAAAGUUUUGGUCGCCACAGACGUUUGUGCUCGAGGGAUUGACAUUCCGAAUUUGGACCAUGUAUGUUUAUUUUGUAUGCGUGCGGUCGUAAAUUUCGAUCUCCCGCUGACGCCGCUGACGUAUGUACAUAGAAUUGGCCGCACAGGACGUUUGAGGCGUGGCCAUGCGACCUCAUUUGUUAAUAUCAAUGAUCCCAACGAUAUUGGAUUGGUACCAGAAAUCAUAAAGGUCAGUUUUCAAGCGAGUUUGUAG